ACGACCGCAAGCGGAGGCAGCAGCAGCAGCGUGAAAGGUGUCGCCGCCAGCCGGCAGGUGUCGUUGAGUCGUUGUCGCGUUUUGUCUGCCUGCCGUCACAGUCGCAACUCGCUACUCGCUGAUCGCUGCUCACAUGUUGUCGUUUGCCAGCUACCCUCCUCGUCCAUCUCUUGUCCCCGUCUUCCUCUCUCCAAGACAAUGAGGUCUAAGCCUGUCGCCCGUCGCCUCCAGCAAGGUGAGGAGCUGAGCAGCAAUAUGGCUUUGGAUUCGACAGACUCCAAUCAACCUCAAGGAAGCAGUGAAGAUGGAGGCGAAAUAGAGGUGGGGAACGAGAGCGGCGAUGAGGUGGAUUUGGACUUGGAGCAGGAUCAGGAACAGGAACAGGAACGGGAACGGGAGAAGGCAGAUGAACAGGACAGAGAGAGAGCGAGAGUCCUGCUACCCAAGGAGCUUGAGCUGAGAAGUGACGGAGUGUGGACUCGCUCCCCCUUGGCAGACCGCUCCCGCUACGGGCCCUUCCAAGGCAAGUGGCUCAACAAGCCUAUCGACCAGAGGUUUGCCUGGACGGUGCGGGUUGGCGCGAACCGGGGUUACUUAGACGCGACCCUCGAAUGCUCUAACUGGCUAAAGUUUGUUCGCUCCACUAGUCACGGCGCGGCUCAAAACGUGCGUGCCUUUCUUGUCGCUGGUCAGGUUUACUACGAGACAAUAUCUGCGGUGAGGGCCGGAGAAGAACUCCUUCUUGGACCUAAGGAGCCUUUAGUACUUCAAGACCCGCUGCAGGAGUUCACGACCACAUCGGAGGAUCGCAGUGAUAGAGAAUCAGCUUCUCAACAUUCAGGAACUGUUGAUGAAGAUCGUGAUGAGGAAUGCGACUAUGAAGAAGAUUACAGAUGUGAAGAAUGCGACAAAACAUUCAAUGACAUCAAUAGGUUAGAAGUGCACCUGGUGUCGACGCACCACUACAAAGCGGACCAGUUCCGGUGCGAUCACUGUCCGGUGUCGUUCGGCUGUCGCCAGAGCCUGUCGCGACACCUCACCCUCCAGCACGGCGAGCAGCGCAAGUACUCGUGUGAGAACUGCGCCAAGAUCUUCAGCGACCCGAGCAACCUGCAGCGUCACAUCCGCACGCACCACGUUGGCGCACGAUCGCACGCCUGUCAGGAGUGCGGCAAGACCUUCGCCACCUCCUCCGGUCUCAAGCAGCACACACACAUACACUCCAGUUUCAAGCCCUUCCGCUGCGAGGUUUGCAUGAAGUCGUACACGCAGUUUUCGAAUUUGUGCCGACACAAACGCAUGCAUGCUGACUGCCGAUUGCGGAUCAAGUGCGUGAAGUGCGGCCAGACGUUCAGCACGGUGACUUCGCUGACUAAGCACAAGCGCUUCUGCGACUCAGGCUCACCCGCAGGCACACCCCCCGUCGGCCCCCCCUCCACCAUCAUGCCGCACCUGCCGCCGCAGCAGACCAACCCCUUCCUCGCCUACCCGCGCCACCCGGGCGGGCUGCCCUUCUACUCCACCGCUCUCAUCCCACCCUACCAUCUCUUCCACCCUGCCGGGCAUCCCGCCCCAGGAUUCAUCGCCAACAACUUCAUAUUUGGCCCAAAUCCUCAUCAAACCAAACUGCACGAUGAGGAACGAGCCAGAAACGCGUUCAACAUCGAUGCAUACAGUCAGCAGCAAGCAGCCGAACAGAGCUGCACCGAUUCACUGUCACCACCGCAAGACCGGACCGCCACCACUCCACCAGCUCCACUCACCAGUACACCCAGCAAAUUCUCCCCGCCAACCGCUCAAGAGGCUGAUUCCAGUCAGCGACCUUCACCUGCCAGACCUCUCAAUUCGACAAGCUAUGCAAAUCCGGCCUCUGAUAAUGCAUUGAGCUUAGAUGAUAGAGAUAGUCCUAGAUAUUCUUCAAGUGGUGAGAGGGAACCAUCUCCAUUUGAAAACAGCUCAAAAACUCACAAUAAAAAUGAUGAGCAACCUCUAGAUCUUAGAACACAAGAAAAGAGACAACGAGAAGAUGAUGAAGUGAGUGAGAGAGAGCUGACUGAUGAUGAGAGAGAUGAGAGUUUAUCACCAUCAAAACAAAUAAAGCAUGAGGACGAAGAGCAUAAAAAUAUGUCUCCUUACAGAGAACAGUCUGAAGCUAAGCACAAUUCGUCAGCAGACGCAUCGCCUGUAACAGCUUUAGAGAAAGAAUCUCUGUCAGAAAUAUCGAAUAGACUGCCGCCUGCAAUGGCUUGCCCUAGACCAAUUCAUGCAAUGGUACUAGAGGCGUUGUACAGACCACCACCGUUUCCUGAUUUCGGUCCUCCACGCUCAAAGCCCGACUGCACAAGCCGCGAGCACCUGCUGCCUCCACCGCCCCCACUGGCCCCAUUCGGGCCCGGCGCAAGGCCGUUCCACAUGAUGGGUCCUCUGGUAGACAACGGCUCGGCUUUCGGCCGCUCGCCAUUCGACAUGCUGCGGCCGACAGUCGACUACAGCGGCACAGCUGGCAAGCCCUACCGGGAGGUGCUGGGAGCUCACCCGGCCGCCGCUGGUAAACAGAAAGAUCGCUAUGCUUGCAAAUUCUGUGGAAAAGUAUUUCCCCGUUCAGCCAACUUGACAAGGCACUUGCGCACACAUACUGGGGAAAAGCCCUACAAGUGCAAAUAUUGCGAAAGAGUGUUCAGUAUUUCAUCGAAUCUGCAGCGUCAUGUAAGAAACAUACACAAUAAAGAGAAACCAUUCAGAUGCCGGCUGUGUGAACGAUGUUUCGGCCAGCAGACGAAUCUCGACAGACAUUUGAAGAAGCACGAUGCAGCCGCAGAUGGGCUGGGAGCAGCUCCUGACAGUCCCACGAGCAGCGGCAACGAAAACGACCGAGAAGAUACCUACUUCGAUGAGAUCCGAUCAUUCAUGGGCAAAGUGGCGUACGGCACUGGUGUUGUUCCCAUGCCCCCGCCUCCGACAACGCAACCAUUGCAGUACGCCACCCCCGGCAUCAGUCCCUCGGACAGUGCUUCAGACGACGGAUCGCAGUCUCCACCACAGGCCGCAUCACCUCCUCGGCCCCCCGUCGCCUGUGCAGUGCAACUCAAGGCUGGCGCCAAGGACGACUGCAUUCUCAACAACAACACUGCCGAUCCCGAAGCCAUUCGCAUCACUAUUUAGCAAAGUGCAAACCACAAACUCUCAUCAGAAAGUUCCUACCUCCUUUCGAUUUGAUCUCCAACUCAUCAAACUCUAAAUAAAAUUACUCUAAUAAUAAUAAUAAUUUAUCGCCGGAUGUUUCUUUCAAAAAGGUAUGCUUCUUCACGAACAAAUACGGUAUUUAUUGAUAGAUAAGGUUGUCCUCUACAUACGGCAAUAUUGAAAUAUUUCUUCUUUCGGUAUUAGGAGUUUCAAUUUUGAACAAUAUGAUGCAUCUGUUCAAUUACAAAAUCUAAAAUGAUCGUUCUGCCAACAUGAAGUCAGAAAGAUUUAAAAAUGCAUUUAUUUCGAAUGAAAACUAUUUAUUCAGAGACUUAUUGCUAACUGUAAAUAUUACAUUUAAUGUAAAUAAAUUGCAAUUGAAAUAACUGUACACUACUUGUAAGUAAUACAUAUCACUACUGAUUCAUCAAAAAUAAUAUCUGCAAAAUUGUAAAACAAUGAGCUAAACCAUCAUUGUAGUUUUAAUUAUUAAAAUUAGGAUGUAAUCGUGUAAAUAUUGAAUUUAUUUAAUAUUAAAAAUGUUUGAUUAUACUGUUCAAAACGCAA